CAGUCAAGCACAGCCAUGUAUCGCUCGCUGCGAAACCUCCGGCGCUUAAACAGCAACCUCUUGGCGCUGCAGAGCAGUAUUACCAUUAAAAGCCACGGAGCACCAAGUGUGGCACAUUGCACUGUCAGAAUGGCAAGCUCCGAGUCUUACCGAAUCGAGCGAGACACUUUCGGAGAGCUCAAAGUGCCAAGUGACAAGUACUAUGGCGCCCAGACUGUCAGAUCCACUAUGAAUUUCAAAAUCGGCGGUGUAACGGAAAGAAUGCCGAUUCAAGUCAUCAAAGCCUUUGGCAUUCUGAAGAGAGCUGCCGCGGAGGUGAAUAAGGACUAUGGACUGGACCCAAAGCUUGCCGAUGCCAUUGUCCAGGCUGCUGAUGAGGUGACUGCUGGGAAACUCGAUGACCAUUUCCCUCUGGUCGUAUGGCAGACAGGAUCUGGAACUCAGACCAACAUGAACGUGAAUGAAGUCAUCAGUAACAGAGCCAUAGAGAUCCUUGGGGGGAAACUGGGGAGCAAAGACCCCGUCCACCCCAACGACCACGUCAACAAAAGCCAGAGCUCAAAUGAUACGUUCCCAACUGCCAUGCACAUUGCUGCUGCCAAAGAGGUGCAUGAGGUUCUGCUACCAGGCCUCCAGACACUGCACGAUGCUCUGGCAGCAAAAGCAGCGGAAUUUAAAGACAUCAUCAAGAUCGGCCGCACGCACACCCAGGACGCCGUACCCCUAUCCCUCGGACAGGAGUUCGGUGGCUAUGUUCAGCAGGUGAAAUACAGUAUUGAGAGGGUGAAAUCUGCCAUGCCCAGAGUAUAUGAGCUGGCAGCGGGCGGCACUGCUGUGGGCACUGGACUAAACACUCGCAUUGGAUUUGCUGAGAAAGUAGCAGCAAAAGUGUCUGCACUCACAGGUUUGCCCUUCGUGACGGCACCCAAUAAGUUUGAGGCUCUGGCGGCCCACGAUGCUCUGGUGGAGCUGAGUGGAGCUCUGAACACAGUGGCCUGCAGCAUGAUGAAAAUCGCCAAUGACAUUCGCUUCCUGGGUUCAGGCCCGCGCUCCGGGCUCGGAGAACUCAUCUUGCCGGAAAAUGAACCUGGGAGUAGCAUCAUGCCUGGAAAGGUGAAUCCCACACAGUGUGAGGCCAUGACCAUGGUAGCAGCCCAGGUUAUGGGUAAUCAUGUGGCAGUCACCGUUGGAGGCAGUAACGGACACUUUGAACUCAACGUUUUCAAACCUAUGAUGAUUAAGAAUGUGCUGAACUCUGCAAGAUUGUUGGGUGAUGCGUCUGUAUCCUUCACUGACAACUGUGUUGUAGGCAUCCAGGCCAACACUGAGCGAAUCAACAAACUCAUGCAUGAAUCCCUCAUGUUGGUGACUGCUCUCAACCCUCACAUCGGUUAUGACAAAGCUGCUACAAUUGCCAAGACCGCUCACAAAGAAGGCUCCACCCUGAAGGAGAUGGCUAUAAAGCUGGGAUAUCUCACAGAAGAACAGUUUAACCAGUGGGUCAGACCAGAGGACAUGUUGGGGCCCAAGUAGAGUGGUUCAGUUCAAAAAAGCAAGAAAAGGAUUAAAAAAACUUUGUAAAAUAAAAUACAUUUUUUUGUUCAAACACAUUGUUUUUUUUCCUCCUCCCCUGCAGUUUCACUGUUGUAUGAAACAGAGUGUUUCCAUUUGUAUGUCCUGGACUCUGUCAGGAGCUGUGUAAUCUAGCAGCAUGACAUAAGCCAGUGUACCACAAGACAAAAGUUUAAUAACCCAUAUUCAUGUAAUAUCCAUGGAAUAAUAUCCAAGGCCUUAACCAGCGGUAUUGUCUUUAGAGGAGGCCAUAGGGAUCGCCCACAAAGACCCAGGCUAACGCAGGAUUGUUCUUAAAAAACAGUUCUCGAUACAAAAAAACUUAUUGAGCGAUUAUAAUUCUUGAAUGCAAAUGCAUUCAAAUUAAGCAUAUUGUUCAAAUCUCUAUUUAUUUUUCAAUUUAAUUCUUUGGAGCAGUUGGUAAAGGCUUGAAAAACCUUGCAGAGUUUUGUGAGGACCCUGCUGGAUUGUCUUCAGUCCUUCAUUUAUUAGGCCCUAAAUGCAGUAUUCAGAGGCUCAUCAGGGUCUUACUAAAAAGUUGACUCCCCGCUCAGAGUUGGUCCUUGUAUAUCCAACAUGGGUCUCACAUUGCAAGCCUAAUUUUGACUCUUAAACAGCCACAGUGUGCAAGACAACUACAAACCUGUACAUAUGGCCAUGCAGAGUUGGAAUCUGCCCCUUGUAUUAUAAUGAAUAUUCAAAGUUGGAGGGUUGGGGGCUAAAAACAUUAUACUUAGAUUGACGUAGCUCAUCCCCCAGAGCGAUUCUGAAUCAAAAUGCAGAUAGGUCUCUCCGAUGGAGCUCUCAGUCACUGACAUUUGGUUCUCCGUCUUAAUCAGAUUUGGUGAAAACUACUUUGGUAAAGGAUUUGAACUGCACUAAGUCCAGACCUGACUAAAUAGGCCUGGACCAGCAGAGAAACAGGAGAUUUUCCAUUAGGCUAAAUUUUAAUGUACCAUGAGCCCUAUCUGUGUCUCCCAGGCCUUGAAGUCUGGGCACAUCACUCUCUUAAUCCCAAGGUCCUUGUGGACAAGGUGCCACAGAUUUUUCCCAUUUGUCAAAUCCAUUAUUGAUUUGAAGUAAUACGUGGCAAAGUCUGUCACCAUGGACACCAGCUGUCCAUUAGGGUCAGCUCAGAGUCCAGCUAUCACACCGAUAAGUCACAUCUGAACACCAACACAAGUGUUGUUGGCAUAAGAUUCAUGUCAGUUCUACAAGUGUAAGAUGUUAUGCUUUGAUUAUAAUGAGGAGGAGUGUUUUGGUUCUGUGUGCCAACUCAAUGAAACCAAAUGACUGAAAAAAAUAUUUGAGAGAUGUGUAGCAGUUCUCGUCAGUGAAUGGCAUAUGGGCUAUAGCUUGUUAUAUGGUUCACAUUGAAGAACCAGUGGAGUGGUUUUUAAUUGAUAUAAAUAAAUGAUGCUGAUAUAA